AACCGCUUGCUAGCUUCACUCAUGAAAAUUCCCCCUUCUAACUUACUUUUGAUAUUUACCAAGAGGUGAACAAACAAAUGACAAUAAUUGAUCACCCAACACAUCACGUAAUCAUCAUGAUUGGGUGGGUCUCAGAUAUACAUAGAUUGAAAUCAUGACAAUAAUAAUAAUUGUACUGCUGAUGAAGAGUUGUGACUAAUGGCUGGUAGUGGUAGACUCCCUGGUGUUGGUGUUCCACCAAGGAGGAGAUCAGAGCAUCAUCCUAGAUAUCAUCAUGAACACCACCGUAACUCUAAUUACCUCGCCGAUUCAUCAGUCACUGCUUUGGAUGAAACUGCUAUUCAGGCGAGGCAACGGUUGCAGAAGAAGCUUGGACACUUCUUUUCCUCUUUCAGGUCAGAUGAUAAUCCUAACAAAGAAGUUAGUUUACAGAAGAAGGAUGCAGGGUUAGGUCGGAAGUUAUUAGAAAGCUCAUGGUUGUUGCGUGGCACCAAGUUUAAGAAAGAGAGAAAAGUUUGUGCAGUUUGCUUAGAAGAUUUCCAGCAAAAGCAGCAGGUUAUGAACCUUUCUUGCUCCCACAAGUACCAUUCAGCAUGUCUUCUUCCCUGGCUUGAAGCUCACCCCCAUUGUCCCUGCUGUAGAACCUCAGUUCAGUAAAGCCCUGAUAUAUAUGUUCUUGUUCUGUUGCGAUUCAAAUUCAACGCAUGUUGAUUGCAAAAUCAGUUGUUUGCAAAAGUUUAUUUAUUUUCUUCUAAUGUUUAGCACAUUGGUAAUUUCAUCACUACAUGAAAUUGUUGUUGUUAGCGUUCAAAA